UUUCCCACCAUUAACACCAUGAAGCUGCUUGCCAUAGCUGUGCUGCUCUUCACUAUCUGUAGCCUUGAAGGGGCUUUGGUUCGGAGACAGGCAGAGGAGCCGUGUCUGCAGAGCCUGGUCUCUCAGUACCUCCAGACCGUGACUGACUAUGGCAAGGACCUGAUAGAGAAGGCCAAGGGCUCAGAACUUCAAACUCAGGCCAAGACUUACUUUGAGAAGACACAGGAGCAGCUGACACCCUUGGUCAAGAAGGCUGGAACUGAUAUCUUUAACUUCUUGAGCAGUUUCAUUGGCCUCAAAACUCAGCCUACUGCCCAGUGAGGUGUCCAGACCACUGUCUUCCAUCCCCAGCUGGCUCCUGGAACAUCCGCUGGAAAGACCUAGAGCUCCUCUCCCUACCCACUCCUUGUUUUCUACAAUAAAUAUUGAAAGAGUCAA